AAAACUGUGUAGGUGUGUCUAUGAAACUGAAAGAAGGAGGGAAAGAGAAAGAGAGAGAAACACAGAGGCACACAAUUACCAUCAGGACGUAACACAUUUCUUCCUUUUUGUGUGUAAUGCAGCCUAGUAGGCAAGUUGUUGUUCAAGUAUGUAUUAACAGAAACUGCUAAAGAGUCAACAGAAAGUGAUAUUUCAAUGGUAUUCUCUGCACUUGUCCUUCAUGGUUAUAAUUUAAGAAAGCGAAAGUAAAAGUGCUUUAUUAACACGUGGCCUCGUAUGAAAGACAGAACCUCUAAUUUUUAUGAUAAAAUUAUUAUUUUAUUAUAGCUCUUUCUUUGUAUAAAGUAUGGACAUUAAGUUUAUUGUUUUAUCAAUACUUCUGAUGAUCGCUGAUGGCUUCACUGUGCGCGGUCCCUCUGGUCCUUUGGUUGUUCCUCUGGGAUCUUCAGUGGUUUUGCCCUGUUAUGUUGAUGAACCUUUACCAAUGAAGGAUCUGGAUGUGGAAUGGAGAAGAACAGACUCAGAGACUCUAGUUCAUCUGUAUCAAGAUGGUGAGAGUCGAGCAGAGGCCCAACAGCAGGAUUAUCAUGAUAGAGCUCAUUUCUUUACUGAUCAGAUUCAACAUGGAAACUUCUCUCUCCGUCUGGACAAUCUGAGAGCUGAAGAUGAGGGAAAAUACACAUGUAAAGUUUACAGUCAGGAGGAUUUUGGAGAGACUGUGGUUCAAAUAUAUGUUGAUCGUUUGCUAGUAUCAGGAUCUAAUUGGCCCGUAUCUGCAUAUGAUGGUGAAGACAUCACUCUGAACUGCUCUGUAGACUCUCACAUCAAACCUGAACACAUUGAAGAGGUUUCAUGGAAGAAAACAGAUGAAGAUGAAGAUAUUCUGGUUCUGCUCUACCAAAACAAUGAGACUUUUCCAGGUUCAUCAAAUGAACAAUACAGAGACAGAGUUGAGUUCUUCACUGGUGAAAUCCACAAAGGAAACUUCUCUAUCAGACUGAAGAGUGUCAGAACUGAGGAUAAAGGAGUUUACAUGUGUCAAGUGUUUGCUGGAAGACUUUCAGCCAAUGCAACUGUAGUACUGGAGCGACUGGGUUUCUCUCUUUUGCACAUAACUGUGUUGGUUUUCUGUUUUGUUGCUGGAUCUGGAGCUGUACUUCUGCUCUGCUGUCUGAUCUACUGCAGAUCAAAAAACACAGUCUCCAGAAGCACAAUCUGGAAUCUUCAGCUUUCUCUGGUCUUUUUUCCAAACAUCUGUAUGUCCAUCGCCUUCAUCUUCUGGGGUCUCACUGAGGGAUUUCUGCAUGAGACCGUCACUUGCUGUGCUCUGUAUAUUCUGAGGCCUGUUAUGUUGAUUUGGGCUUUGCCUUAUUUAAAGUAUCUUCAAGACAACAUUAAAACAUGGAUCAUGUUUAUCAGAAUAACAAGUGAAUUUGUUGUUUUUACAGUCAUUGUUUAUUCAGUUCUUUUUACAUAUGGCUGGAGAAAGAGUGCACAUGAUACACGCAUCGAACCUUGUGUAUGUUCUGGACAAUACUCUGGAAAUGUUGAGAAGUACCACAUGCUUUUUAAACUAUACUUUGUAGCUGUUGUGCUGUUGUGUCUCUUCCUGAGUGCAGUUGACUUCGAAAGACUACCCUUUAAAAAAGGGAUAAGAUGGUUUUUUUUCUAUGCAUGCAUGUCUCCAGCAUUUUUAAUUUUGAUAAUUAUUCUACUACUACGGCUUCUCUACAAGCUUAUUUUAUCUCAUCUGCAAUCAAAAUUCAAAUUUGAAUUUAAGCUACCCUGUCAAGUGUGGAUAAGAGGGGCUUUCUCAUGCUGCAAAACAUGGAUAAGAAGGGCUUUCUCAUGCUGCAAAACAUGGAUAAGAGGGGCUUUCUCAUGCUGCAAAACAUGGAUAAGAGGGGCUUGUUUCUCAUGCUGCAAAACAUUGAUAGGAGGGGCUUUCUUAUGCUUCAAAACAGUGGUGAACGAUGAUUUUUUCACGGGGAGUUUUUUGUUGUCUUUGAGUCAGUUGAUCCUGUUGAUCUUCUUAUUUGGACUUCCCUCUCUAGCAUUAUUUAUCAUGCUAUUUGUUCAAGCACUACUGUUGAUCUGUUUACAAGUUGUACCUCUUCUUCAAUCAAAAUUCAAAUUUCUCCGCCAAAGAUGGAUAACAUUAUUGUGGAUGAUAACAAUAACACUCCUGGAUAUCAUUCUUGUGAUUUAUAUUCAUCUAACCAUAUUGGAAAGGGAGAAAGAGUGCGUGGGAUGGACCUGUGUCAUUGUAUUUAUUGAAGUUCUGAAGAUGAUAGUGUACUUUGACAACCGUGUGCCAGAGUCACACUUGGCUUCUUUGCGGUCAAAAGCCUUGAAAUUGGCAGGACGUUCAAGAGUCCAGAGACGACGACAACAGACUGAGACGAGCCAACGAGGAUCAAAUGCAUUGCAUCUCUGUCAUGAAAUCAUGUACAUGUUUGGAGCAGUUGGUCUUGUUUUGUUGAACUCUGUUACGCUGACAGCAGAACUAAUCCUGACAACACGAAACGGUGAGCAUGUUUUCAAGGAUCUGAGAGUCAUUGUCUUCCCCUCCGAAUGUGUUUUUGCCUUGUAUUGGCUGGGUUUACAAAUGCAUGCUUUCUGGAAGAUUGUUACAACUGAAUCUACACACAAUCAAAGGAACUCAGAUCAAAGACACAGACGUCAACUCAGGAACACAGUAUCAGAGAUUUAUGAAAUGGAGAAUCAGUCUGCACCUGAUUCUGCUGUUUCUCAGAAAACAGCAUCAGAUUUAUGAAAUGAAGAACCUGUCUGCACCUGAUUCUGCUGUUUGCAUCAGUGUUCAGUCAUCAUGUAUUAUGAACAGGCUGCUUUUACUUUUUACUUUUUGAUGACUCAGAGAGUCCAUUUUUGCCAACUGAAAAUGUUUCUGUUUAUGUUCGUGUUUAUGUCUUUUAUUUUGAUAAUGUCUCAUUGUAUGAAGUCAAAGUAUUAUUUUCUGUUUUCGCUAGUGGUGAAGUUGCAGAAUUGGCUGUGCCAAAUUUACAUCUAUGCAAAUAUAUUUUUGUAAUGUUUAAAACAAACCAGUUUGUAAAGCGUCUGAAUUGUUAGUUCAUGUGUUUAUGAUUUGCUCAUGUCUGCAUUACAGUAAUAAUAAAUGUGAGAAUGCUUUCUAUAAAAGUCUUUAAGCUCAUCAGAUGAAAAACAUAUUUUUGCUUGACAAGUGUUCAGUUCUCUAUAUUACUGGCUGAUUUCAUAAGACACCACUAGUUUCUAGACUAUUUCCGUUAUUUUGAUGGUUGUUGUUCAUUUAGAAGAUUGUAUUUUAGUUUCAUCACAUUGAUCUGUUAUCUAACAUAUAGUCAUAUUAUGAACUCCAGUGCAAAAACACUUGAUGGGUCUCCGUCACCCCUGCUCUCCGUGGGGAAACUGGUUCAAAUAAAAGUUGUUGGUAACUUUACCUAAA